ACCAGAGUGAGUUUGUGUACAGGGGAUUCCCUUUGCUCUGUUUCACACUCGAUUUAUAGCGGUUUCCGUGGAAACAUCAACCUAAUGAUGUCGUAAUUUUUGCCUUAACUCCUUCUCAGACGUCCGUUUUAUUUAUAAGCAAAAGUAUGUUUUAGUUUAGUCAUAAUGGCGUCGUUGAACUAUCACUUGUGGUGUGCGGUGUUGAGUUGAAAGUUUAUCGAUUUGUGUUGCGGUCCAACUUAAGUUUCAACACGACGGAAUGGCUGAACUGUAUGACCCAGCAUGUCCAACUGAAGAAGAUUCUGAGGAUGAUAUAGGAGACUCAUCCAAGAAUAAACCAGGGGAAGAUUCCAUUGAUGCAAAAACUACUGAAGAGGACAUUUCAGGGAUCACUGGGAACAAAGAAGAAUGUGAGAAGAGUACAGUAGAACUAAAUAUCAGUAAGACAGAUGAAGAAAUUGAUGCAUCAAAUAAAAAAUCAGAAGUACAGGUAGAUAAGAAAACUGACGAAGUUACUCAGGAAAUUGAACAUGUGAUGGAUGUGAAUCCAAUGAAUAAUUCAGGUGAAAAUGUGCCUCUCGAAAAAUCAGGUUUGGAUGUGUCAUCAGUUGAUAUUUGUAAUGAUGAUAAUAGUACUGUCAUGGCAACCAGUAAAGAGGGACAGAGUGAUGUUUUAAAGAUGAAAAAUGAUUAUGUUGAAUCUGAUAAAAGUGAUUCUUUGAAAGGUGAAUCAGAUGUUAAAAAGAAGUUGACUGACGAAGAAUGUGGUGAAAAAAUGGAAAUUAGUGACGACAAUAAACAAGACGAGACUAAGGAAAGCAAAAAAAGUGAGAAAACCAACGCUGGUAGUGAAGAACUUAUGGAGCAAUCUGAUGAUAAAGUAAAGGAAACUCGAUAUGGAUUACGCAAACAUUCAAGACAAUUCAAAGACAAUAGUGUUCCUAUACUUGAAAGACUUUCUAGAAGUAAAUCAUUGCAACAGUCCCCAGACACCACCACUAAAAGUCUGCUGCCACAAACAGAAUCUCCAACCAAGAAAACUGUCAAAGUUGAGUACGUAUUCAAAGUUAAGAAAAAGAAAAAAACUGGAUGUGAUAUACAGGUACGUAGGAGAACGCGAUCCAACUCAAGACAGGAGAUGCUGGAGGCGCAAGAUGAGGAAACUGUUCCUGUCAAUGAACCCAAAACAAUUGUUAAUGAGCCACCAACAUGUUCUACAAAUGAACAUAUUUUGCCUUGUUCCUUGAAGGAACAACUAGUUGUUAGUGAUGAUGCAUCAGCGUGUACAGUGAAUAAAUCAACAAUGGUCAACGAGUCACCGACAAUUUCUACUAGCGAACCAACAGUGGUCAAUAAGACGUCAAUGUUUUCUACCAAUGAACCAAUUGUGGUCAAUGAGAUGCCAACGUUUUCUACCAAUGAAUCAAAAGUGGUAAAUGAGCCACCAUGUUCUACAAAUGAACCAAUUGUGGACAAUGAACUAUUAACACGUUCAGUGACUGAACAAACAGUUGCAAAUGACACUCCUAUGUUUUCUAUAAAUGAAUCAAUUGUCAAUGAACCAUCGUGUUCGGCAAAUGAAUCUACUAUGGCCAAUGAGUCACUAAUGUGUUCAUUAGAUGAACAAACUGUUAAAAAUGAGGCUCCAAUGUUUUCUAACAAUGAAUCAAUAUUGGCCAAUGAACCACUGCAUUCUGCAAAUGAAUUAACUGUGGUCAAUGAGCCACCAACAUAUUCUAAAAAUGAAUCAACAAUAGUCAGUGAGUUACCCCCAUGUUCAACAAAUAAACCAGCCGUAGUCAGUGAGUCAUUGUGUUUAACAAAAGAACCUACGAUAACCAAUGAGCCAGCCACACAUUCAUCAAAUGAACCAACCAUGGUCAGUGAACCAUCAACAUGUUCAACAAAUGAACCCUCAAUAGUCAAUGAGCCACCAACAUGUUCAGAAAAUGAACCCUCAAUAGUCAAUGAGCCACCAACAUGUUCAGAAAAUGAACCCUCAAUAGUCAAUGAGCCACCAACAUGUUCAGAAAAUGAACCCUCAAUAGUCAAUGAGCCACCAACAUGUUCAGAAAAUGAACCCUCAAUAGUCAAUGAGCCACCAACAUGUUCAGAAAAUGAACCCUCAAUAGUCAAUGAGCCACCAACAUGUUCAGAAAAUGAACCCUCAAUAGUCAAUGAGCCACCAACAUGUUCAGAAAAUGAACCCUCAAUAGUCAAUGAGCCACCAACAUGUUCAGAAAAUGAACCCUCAAUAGUCAAUGAGCCACCAACAUGUUCAGAAAAUGAACCCUCAAUAGUCAAUGAGCCACCAACAUGUUCAGAAAAUGAACCCUCAAUAGUCAAUGAGCCACCAACAUGUUCAGAAAAUGAACCCUCAAUAGUCAAUGAGCCACCAACAUGUUCAGAAAAUGAACCCUCAAUAGUCAAUGAGACACCAACAUGUUCAGAAAAUGAACCCUCAAUAGUCAAUGAGCCACCAACAUGUUCAACAAAUGAACCCUCAGUAGUAAAUGAGCCACCAACAUGUUCAGGAAAUGAACCUUCAAUAGUCAAUGAGCCACCAACAUGUUCAGGAAAUGAACCUUCAAUAGUCAAUGAGCCACCAAUAUGUUCAACAAAUGAACCUGCUCAUGAUUCACCAUCGAACGCAAAUGAAGUUAUUGAUUACUAUACAUUUUUGGAGAGUUUCAAAAGGAAAAAAUCUGUUGCAGAUUCUCACAGUUGUGCUGGUGAGAUUUCAGGGACAAAGCCGAAUGAAUGUCAGGUAUCUGUUCCAGUGGUUGAUGAUACGUUUUUAAAUCAAAACUCUGAUAUUUCAACAACUCCUUCUAUGCCAGAAAAUGAAAUAACUGAUCAAUCAUCUCUUCCUUUGAAUAAGGAGAUGUCUACAGAUGUCAGUUCUAAUGUUCUGGAUGAUGAUACAUCACAAGACAGUGAGGCACUUCAUGUACAGAAUAGUGGUGUGGAGAACAUGGAAAUAACAACUGCUGACACAGAACACAGUGACAACCAUGUUGAUUCAACUGAGAAUAUGAAAGGAGAUGUAACAAGGAGUGCCAAAAAGAAAUGCAAAACUAAAAAUAGUACAAAAUUAAAAUCUGAGAGUGAGAACUCACAGGAUGAUACUAAGGAUGAGGAUGAAGGAGCGAGGACACGCAGGAGAAGCAGAAGAAUUAAAUCAUUGGAGGAAAAAAAAGAGCGCGACAAGGAAAUAAUUAGAGAGAAUAGAGAUAAGGAAGUAAAGGUGAAAGAGGAGCACGAGAUUCCGAAAGAAGGUGUAGAAAAUGCUGUGUCAACGAAACAUUGUCAGGAGCAUGACAAAGAAGAGGAACACAAAGAGGAUGCUGGAAUGGAAGAAACUACUGAAGUUGUUGCAAUGGAGACAACUGUUCUGAAGACAGAAGAGAUUUUUACAACGGAAGAAGAUGAACCCUUGGCAAUUGUGUUCGUUGAUCAGAAUGCACAGAUUCCAUCACAUGUAGAAGAGCCUGUCCUGUCAGAGGAGGAGGAGGAUACUUAUGAUACACCAUUAUAUGAAGACAUUGCAGAAAAUGUGUAUCUUACUGAAAGAAAAAAGUCAAAAGCCAGAAAGGAGAUCAAAAGAAUGCAAUGUGAUUGUAGCACAUGUGCAGAAGACAGAGAUAUGGGUAUCCUUGCUUGUGGAGAUGACUGCCUUAACAGAUUACUUAUGAUUGAAUGCACAUCAAGGUGUCCAUGUGGAGAUUACUGUACUAAUAGAAGUUUUCAAAGGAGAGAGAAUGCUAAAGUUGAAAUUUUUAAAACUCCCUGGAAAGGUUUUGGUUUAAGAACCUGUGCUGAAAUCCCAGAGGGUAAAUUUGUAUUAGAGUACGUUGGUGAGGUGUUGAAUUAUUCCGAAUUCAAAUCAAGGACCAAACAUUACAAUAAAGACAACAGAAAACAUUAUUAUUUCAUGGCAUUAACAAGUGAUGAGAUAAUUGACGCAACAAAGAAAGGAAACGUAUCAAGAUUUAUUAAUCACAGUUGUGAUCCUAACUGCGAAACACAGAAGUGGACUGUUAAUGGGCAUAUUCGUGUUGGCUUCUUCACAAAAAGAGCAAUACCUGCUGGUGAAGAACUGACAUUUGACUACCAGUUUGAAAGAUACGGUAAAGAAGCCCAAAAGUGUUACUGUGGUGCGUCAAACUGUCGUGGUUUUCUUGGUGGAAAUAAAACUACCCCAUUACGGUCAUCUCAGGGUAAAAAGAGAAAAUUAGAAAAGAAACAGAAGAAAGAAGAUUUUGAGGACCGAUCUCUUGAUGAAGAAAUAGAACUGAUGGCAUUUGACCUUGAUGGUGAUGGCUUGAAGACAAGUGACCAAACAUUAAAUUUAUCCCGUUUAAUGGUGAGAUCUGAAACAUCAAGACAACGAUUACAACUACUGAAAAUAUUACAGGAAACUAGCAAUUCAAGCUGUUUGAAACAUUUUCUCAGCUACCAUGGUUUGAAAUUGAUUUGGAGUUGGAUGGUGGAUGUUGGUGGUGAACAGUCGGAAGAAAUAAAGACAAAGAUCUUACUGACAUUAUCACAUUUGCCGAUACAAAACAGAACAAUUAUAGAAGAAAGUCGAGUGAUGUCAGUAGUGAAAACAUGGGCCUCGCAAGAAAAACAGUGCACAGUAAAAGCAGACACAGAGGUUGAAUAUUCCAGUGCAAGUGAAAACCCUUCAAGAGCAGCCACACCAAUGGCUGUCCAAUCCAGUCAGCACAAUAGUCCCUCCCAUGCUGCAGAAGCUGAGUAUGAUAAAGCUGCAAAAAAGAAAAUAGCAUUAAGAAAACCCGACAUUUUAAACGAGAAUAGUAAUGAUGUGUCUACGUCAGAUGUAAACAAGAAAUCAGAUAUUGAACUGGAGAAAAAGUCAGCUGUUACUGUUGUAACCAUGGAAACUGAAGAAGGUGAAAUCUUGGAAGAUGGUAUGGGUCAGGACACUACUAAAAAAGUACUAACUGAAGGUUCAGAGAAUAGUGUGGACCAGAACACUUUGAAAAAAGUAGUACCUGACGGUACCGAGGAUAGUACGGCUCAGGACAUUUCAAAAAAAGUAGUACCUGAAGGUACGGAGAAUGGUAAAAUACAAGUUGUGGAUGAAUCUGUGAAAGCAGACACUGUUACUAGUGGGGUUACUGCCGUAGUGUGUAUUGUUGAGGAGAACUCACAAGACAGUGUCAUUACUAUUAACAGUGAGAGUACAACAACUGACAGGAUACACCCAGUAAAAGAUGAUGCCAUGGAACCUGGUGAAAUUAAAGAUGAGGUUCCCAAUAUGCAAGGCAGCCUGCAAAGUAAAAAAGAUGAAAGAAAUUCUGAUUCUGAUUCACUAGAAGAUGAUGGGUCAGGAAUUGCUGGAAUUGCUUCCAAAUUACUGGAUUCAUGGAGUACACUCAAGGAACUAUUCAGAAUACCCAAAAAAGACAGAAUUGAGAAAAAGGAAUUUGACCAUGAGACUGAAUUGAAAAGCCGAGAUAAAGAUCGAGAUAAAGAUAGAGAUAAGGUGAUUGACCAACUCAGGGAAAGAGACAAAGACCACUACAGAGAGCGUGAUAGAGAUCACUACAGAGAGCGUGAUAAUUACAGAGAUAGAGACAGAGAUAGAGACUGGGAUAGAUACCAUGGAAAGGACAAUCAUCGUGAUAGAGAUGACUAUAGGUCCAGGGAUAGUUACCGGGAUAGACAUGGCAGGAAAAGGUCUCGUAGUCCUAGCUAUAGUUACUAUGACGACAGUAGACGACACCAAUCUGACUCUGAUAGAUACAGUUCUGAUUAUUCCACUCCACCAAAAUUACAAAAAACAUUUGGUAAAAAGAAAGUGGCGACACCAAAGAUAAAUAAACAUGAAAGACGCUAUCAGUUUGAAAGGAUGGUGGAACGAAAAGAACGCGAGGAUGAAAUGAAAAAACAGAAAGAGAGAUUCUACAAUGAGCAGCAAGGAUAUCAAGAGUCUGUGCCCCAUUAUCGUUUGCCAGAAAAUAAUGCAUUCCCGUUACCACCGCAACAUCCAAUACUUCCAGACCCUGCUUACCCAGGGGAACAAAACAAUCCUACCAUGAGGGAUCAAAUGCCAGAUCCAUGUGUAACCCCUGUACACCAACAAAUGCCAAUGCAUAAUAUGUCUAUAGAUUCCACUACUCCACAUAUACAUUCUGCCAGUAUGUCAUCUGACAUGGGAAUGAUGCCAAUGGAUCCCAGAGGACUUCGGCCUCCACUUUUGGAUAUUGAUCAUCGUAAUGUUCAUGACAUUCUUGAGCAACAGCAGCAGCAACAACAACAACAACAGCAGCAGCAACAUGUCAGUCCAGCCAUGGAUGGCCUAUCAAGGAUACAGCCUUCAUCACAACCUGCAAUGGAUAUGCCUCGUACAGUGCAGCAUCCGUCUCAAUCGUGGGAACCAAGUCAGGGUUUACCACCGCCACCACAGCCACAGUUUGAUAGAACAGGACAGCAGCAGUUUCCCCCAGUUUACCAACAACCACAGACCCCUCAACAACUUUCAUCUGAACAUCUUCCAUCACAACAGCUUUCAUCUCAGCAAGCUUCAUCAAACCCACAUGGGUAUGUUGUACAGCAAACGUAUGUGGCCCCGCAGCCACAUCUACCAGUCCAUCAGAACUUUGUUCCGACGCCAACUCGGAUGCCUGGACAGACGACAACCUAUGUUACUCCUGAUGGUAUGGUGGUACAGCAAACAAUAACACAGAUAUCUGAUCCUAAUAUGCAACAGAAUAUACAGCAGGUGCAACAGUUACAACAACAACUGCAGUUAAACCAGCAAUUAGCAUCAUUAAACCCGUCUCAGAUGUCUCAACCAGUACAGGUUGUACAACCACAAAGCACUGAUGUACCGUCACCUCCAAAACCUAAACCUAUUAUACUGCCUCCUAAUUGGAAGACUGCACGUGAUGCAGAAGGCAAAGUUUACUACUACCAUGGUGUCACUAGGCAAACUCAGUGGGAUCCUCCUACAUGGGAAGGAAAUCCCCCUGAUAUGGGGAGUGAGGAAACAGACAUGGAUCUAGGUACUCCAACCUAUGAUGAGAAGACAAAGAAGAGAGCAACACAAGCAGCAGCUGAUACCUCCAGUGAAGCUGCCAAGAGAAAGAAAGAAGAAUUCAGAACUAAAAUGUCAACUUAUGUUGUCAGUGUGUUAAAUCCGUACAGAAAACCAGAUUGUAAACUUGGUAGAAUUACAUCAACAGAUGACUUCAAACAUCUUGCUAGAAAGUUAACGCAUGGUAUCAUGGCGAAGGAGAUGAAACACUGCCGCAAUGUGGAAGACUUAGAAGUCAAUGAAAAUGUCAAGGGAAAAGCAAAAGAAUACAUACGCAAAUACAUGGGCAAAUGUGGUGCUAUUUAUAAGAAGGAAACUGUGCAUGAACAUAUGUAGAAAAUGCUAAUGGAUGGGCACACCUAACUUAAUUAAUGCUUGUUCCAAGGCCCUUUAAACCUGAAUAAUGCUCGUUGCAGGGCACAUUCAGCCAAUGUAAAUAACUGACUGAAAAGACACAUCUAAGAUAAACAAUGCUCAUGGCAGAGCAUGUAUAGCAAAUGUAAAUAACGCAUUGCAAGAUGCAUCUAACAUAAAUGAAUUUGAAUAAUGCUUGUUGCAGGGCACAUCAAGCUUGAAUAAUGCUUGUUGCAGGGCACAUCAAGCUUGAAUAAUGCUUGUUGUAGGGCACAUCAAGCUUGAAUAAUGCUUGUUGCAGGGCACAUCAAGCUUGAAUAAUGCUUGUUGCAGGGCACAUCAAACUUGAAUAAUGCUUGUUGCAGGGCACAUCAAGCUUGAAUAAUGCUUGUUGCAGGGCACAUCAGACUUAAAUGCUCUUGUAGGCAUUUUCAGCAUAUGUAAAUAAUGUUUAUUUAAUAGCAGACACAUAUGUGCAUGGGAAUGAUUCAUCGGCUUUUUGAAUCCUGUAAAAGGACUCGGAAACCUGACAACUUACAAAACAUAGUUGUUCACUGAAAGUUGUGUGAUAUAACAUAGAAUGUUGCAUAGUUUUGUACCAACCAGAACAUUUUUAUUAUAAUAAUAAUAUAUGUAGAGGUAGUUUUCUUGAUUUUUUUUAUGAAAUUAGCCAAAAAUGUUGUAACCAGUUUAUUUUUUACUGAAUUCUGUUGUAUUUGAAUUUUAUACAAAAAUAGUCAUAUUUUGUGUAGUAAAUUUUUUAGUUGUACCAGAUAACUGAUUGUAAAUGCUCCUGUGUGGUAUCUUGUGAUAGGGCUAUGAAUUGCAGGCAACCUGAAGGGCUUCAUUUAAUUAACAUGCAUAUGUGGACCACUUAACUCGUUCAUAAGUACGUCACAAUGAUUGGAAUGCUGUUCCAUAUUCCCUCUAUUAUGAGCGCAUAUAAACCAAUAACCACAUUUGUUGUGUGCUGAAUCAUUAAAGUAUUACUUAUUUUGACCAUAGCAAGAUCUCUAAUUUUUGUAAGCUCAUGCACUGCUAAUAGAGCAAAUAUGGGAUGUGCGUAGUUCAAAUAAAUCCCCUAGUGGUGUAUGACAGUUGUAUCUGGGUUUGUCAGCUGGAAACUAGUAAGGGGAUUUUAUCAACAUUUUUAUCAACAGUGGGAGCAACAUUGAGUGCAUAAAUUGUAAUACAAAAAAUAGGGGAAAUAUGUAAAACCGGAUACUGCCACCAUCGUAUCACAUGUACACGUGAAAGCUGCCACAACUGUAUCAACACGUAGAGGUGAAGACUGCCACCAUCGUAUCAACUCGUACACGUGAAUGCUGCCACCACUGUAUCAACACGUAGAGGUGAAGACUGCCACCAUCGUAUCAACUCGUACAGGUGAAUGUUGCCCACUACCGUAUCAACACGUACAUGUAAGCUUCUCUGUAAACUGAUUACAAAGUCUUUUUCAAAUUUAUUAGGGUUUUGAGGGGUACACUGCUAGUUGCCAGACAAGAGACUAACAUCACAUUUAUAAGCCACAAUAUACUUUACAUUCCAAAUCAUAGAUUAUUCCUAUGAAAUGUUAUUAAAACAGAAUUGUUAUUUUACUUUA